AUGUCUUUUCCAGACACGCGGCCAAUAUCUGCCCAAGGUCUGGAGGUGACGAUGAAGGCUGCAGAGGACGAGGCUCGAAGCACUCAACGACACCACCAGCAGGUCGUCGGAGAUUGUGCGUCAACGACAACAACCACGGGAGCAACAGCCGUGCACGCAGGUAGCCAAGGCCAGCAGCAGCAGCAGCAGCUGGUGGGGGUAGAUGCCAAGACCAACCUCCACGCACAACAGCAGCAAACGCACGGCAAGGGGCCGGGAGCAGCCCGAGACGAGGGAGCAGAAAAAGACGCCGAGGGAAACGGAGACGGCGACGAGGCUUGCGGGGAAGACACCCACCUCGGUGCUCGUGCCCCCGACCUUCGCCCAUGGUCCAGAAUGGAGGACGAGGCCAUCGCGCGUAUGGUUGUCGAACGUGGUAUCAAGCGAUGGAGUGUGAUCGCGGGGAACCUCUACGUGGAAGUUGCUGGCACGCUCCGAACCGGGAAACAAUGCAAAGCUCGUUGGCAACACAUGCUCGAUCCAUCCCAAAAGAACGCCCCAUGGACGGAGGAAGAGGAAAAUAUCAUCCACGACGCGCACCUCCGGUUGGGAAAUCGGUGGUCCGAGAUCGCCAAGCUCCUAACCGGCCGCACAGACAGCGCCGUCAAGAACUACUGGUACACCACGGCGCACAAGAACAUCGGCCGGCAAAAUAUGGAGAUCCGCGGAGGAGACGGCGACGGUAGAAGCGACCCUAGCCGGAGCGGUGACACGGAGGCCACGGGAAGCUCCAACAUAAACCCCAUUGGUCCUGGUGGCGAAAGCGUUGCCACGAACGGGGGCGCUUCAGGUUUCUACGACGAUCCCAAGCCCGACAUCGUUCCGGGGGAAGCCGGGAUCGCCGGCGGCUGCUCCGCACCGGUCGGCCAUGUCGAGGGCGGCGAGUGCCAACUCCAGCCCGUAGUUGCAGGCCUGGGAGUGUGCGGAGGAAUCGGACCACCUCCCGCGAUGGCCGUGGCGACCGCUGCCGCCGUCGCCACCCAUGGCCAAGGGAUGCCGCCAGUGGGGGCCGCGACGGCGGCACCGGGGGUCGAGUCCUCGUCCCCGCCCGCCCUUGUUCCUUCGUUGGCGUCCACGUUGGGGACGACCGCACCCCCCGCGGUGGAUGGAAACAAUCGUUGGCAGGUGUCCGACGACAACAAGCGGGGUGUAGUCAGCCAGACCGCGAUCGGGUCCCUCACGAAGACAGAGGCGACGAACCCGCGCAAGGCCGCCGCAUGCUACGGAGAGCUCGACAAGAAAGUCGCGGGCGAGAACGGAGAUGGCAGCGCCAGCACCGGAGACGCCGGUGCCGUGCAUGGGCGGCACCUUGCCACCUCCGCGACUACCGGCGCGGUGGAAGAAGCCCCGGGGCACAGGAGGGACGGUAGCAGGGGCGUCGUCCUAGGACCGGGGGGCGUGGCCCCCGCGACGUCGUCGCUGCUCGAGCAAGCGUCGGUCGUCAACGCUCACGCGGUCAGCAACACCGUGACCAAGUCCCCGCCGCUGCCGGCCCCCGCGUCCUCCGUGGGGUCGCGGGACCGCGACCAGCAGAUCGGGAGCAAGCGGCCCCGACCCCGGCUCUUCGUGAACACCAACGUCGACGGGUUCGAGGCGGACGCGAACGCAAGCGCGGCGGCCGCGGUGGCCGCCGCCGCCCGCUCUGCGGCACGAGCUCCCCACGCGGUGUCGAUGUCCGCGGUCCCCUUUGGAUGCCCACCGGGGCUGGGUUCGUCGGCCGCCGAGGCAGCGUCGAAAGCGGCGGAGGCGGCGGCGAGCGGCGGCGGAGGCGGCGGCGGAGGCGGCGGAGGAGGCGGCGGCGGGGGCGGCGGAGGCAGCGAUGGCAGCGGGAGCGGCGACUUCGACUUUGCGACGGUGAUGGGGGCCAUCGGGGGAGGGUCGCAAGGCAUGGGCAUGGUUCCCAACUACAGCUUCUCCGACUUCGCGUCGGGGUACUCGCCCAAUCCCGUCAGCCCCACGUUCGGCUCCAGCCGCCUGUCUCCCCUGGCCGGCGUUCAAUUGCCGCAGUCGCUCUCUCCACGGGUGAACUGGGGUUAA